AUGAUUGUUGUCUGGCAGGUUACUGAUAAAAGCAACACCACACUCAACCUAUUGGAGAUACUAAGAGAUGAAUUCCAAGGUGCUGAUGUCAAAGUCCAGGGCAAACUGCCCUCCAGAGAUAUCAGCCUGGAGAAGUGCAUGAUGCCCUGUGAGAUGACAGCAAAGCUCAUGAAGGAAGAGAAACACUCUCUGUGCAGAAACCUGCAGCAUUCCCUUGUUUCCUACACACGGAGUACCAGGAAGCUGAUCAGAGACAUGAUGGAUGAACAUCAGAGAUCAUUAGAGUUUCUUUCAAAUCAGGUCAGAGAGCUUAUGAACAAGGUCCAAUCACUUAGCGUGGAGGCCCUGAGGAGCAACGCUGAAAUGUUCACUCUGAAGCCUGUGCCGUCACACGGAAGGGAUUGCAGUGACAUUAAGGAGACAAUGGAUGCUGUUGCCAAAAUUCCCAGUGGCAUUUAUAUAAUCCAACCGGAGGACACUGAUUAUGCUUUUGAGGUUUUUUGCGAGAUGGAUUACAUGGGAGGUGGAUGGACAGUCAUCCAAAGACGGACGGAUGGCCUGACUGACUUCAAACGAGCCUGGACAGACUACACUGAUGGAUUCGGACAUCUUCCAGGAGAACACUGGCUGGGUCUGAGAAAGGUGUUCAGUAUCGUCAAUCAGAAGAAUACACACUUCCAGCUGCACAUUGCCCUUGUCUCCCAGGACGAUACCAAUUCCUAUGCGUCUUACGACGACUUCCGGAUUGACGACGAGACCAAGUUCUUUGCGAUCCACCUGGGCAGAUAUGCUGGCAGUGCAGGGGAUGCCUUUCGAGGGUACUCGCAGGAACAGAACCAGGACACGGCGCCAUUCAGCACGUCUGACAUCGACAACGACGGCUGCAGCCCGCUGUGCACGUUCGAGGGCCAGGCGGUGGAGAGCUGCAGCGUCCAGCAGAACAACACAGGCUGGUGGUUCAACCAGUGCGGCCUGUCCAACCUCAACGGCAGCCCUCUGGACAGUGACCUCUGCACCCAGCCCCACAUCCGUUGGGACACCUGGACUCAGAAUGGAGUCGCCGUCAAAAUCAAGGCUGUGACCAUGAAGAUCAAGAGAGUCUACAGCCCUGUCCCCAGUUAG